CUUAAAUAUUCAUUUAACAAUGUUGCACAAGUGAACAUUAAUUUAAGGAUAAAUAAAUAUAUAUUAAGUAAUUAAAAAUGUUUGGAAAUUUAAAUGACAUCGUGUUAGACGAAAUUGCGUUGGAAGGUUUAGAUGGAAUUACCGUAGAAGGAUUAUGGAAUAGGUUAUCGGAUCGGCUAAAAAUCCCACUACCUUUUACUGAAAAAGUCAAAAACAGAUUUUGGGGUAUUGUUAAAGUUUUAAAGCCCAUAAAUAUGUACGAAAUACCAGAUCCUCGACCGUUUUUUAUAUUUGAUAGAUAUUCUCAUGUCGAACCAGAGCUAGGAAUUGUUAUAGAUCCUGAUGAAAUACCACUAAAUAUAUAUCCAUAUUAUCCUGUUAAUGAUACAUUUAUUCAAGGAUCCUGUAAACAUUUUGAAACACGUGUUGAUAAAACUAAUGAAAUACGACUACUCACGGUUGAAGAAGUAGAAACUCGAUAUCCAAAUAAAAUAGUAAUUGUAGCAAGUCAAGAAGUUCGAUAUAAUACAUUAGUGGGAAACAACUACCAAUUAACAUUAACACCAAUUCAAUAUUGUAUACUAGAAAGAAUUGGUCGAUCACGGUAUCUUGGUGAAGUAACUAUUGGUAAAGUAUCGCUGCAAGAUAUUGGCGAAUCAGCAAAAUCUUUAUUUUAUCAUCGUAAAACUUUAUUAAAAUAUCAAUUGAUCACAAAACAACCAUAUCAACAAAAACUUGGUGUUGCAAAUAAUUCUGGAUGUUUACUUCAUUUACCCAGAUUUUAUGUAGAAAGGAAACCAAAAGGUAUACUUGUUAUUGAAGAAGUUAUUGAAAUUUUGCGACGUAAACCAAAUGGUAUUGCAUCGUAUGAUGAAGUUAAAAGUCAUUUUGUUGAUAAUCUUGGCUUUAGAAAAAUAUGGAAAACAAACGAAUUUUCACGUAUCAUCAAAAACGAUGUGAAAAUAAAAUAUAAAGACUUAUACCCAAAUUCCGAUCAAAAUUUGUGGGUAUGUAAAAAUGGCUCUGACAAAAUUGUACGAUGUUUUCAACUAAUAGAUUUAAAUAUUGAUAUAAAUGAAGUAUGGACCAAAGAAGAGAUUGAAGAUGAUGACGAACACGGUUUAUUAAAUAAUAAAAACACACCACUUGACAUGCCAUUAAUGAUGUAUGGUUUAAAAAUAAUAACGGAUGCUGGUGCACCAGGCAUCACACAAAACGAAUUAUCAACAAAACUCGGACAAAAUCGUUUAAACGCACGAUCUAUUUGUCGAAAUUUGGUUCGUAAGAAAUGCGUUGCAUUUUUUAUGGAUAAUAUCGGAAGACAGCGUGUUACUAAGUUUAUGUCUAAACAUUUUGUAAAACAAAGUGCAAUUCAACAAGUAUUCAGCGAGCAUAAUAUUUUGAAAUCAAGUAAACCAUGUAACGAAAAUGAUCAAGGUGUUAAACGCAAAGCUGAAACUGAAAUCUUACAAGAAGAAUCAUCAGCCAAACGCCAGUAUAUCGGCAACGAAUCUGAAACAAGCACAAUUGCAAGUGAAAGUCCCUCAACCAGCUCUUUAAACACUGCAUCUACUUCAAAUGAAGAAUUAUUAAUUUCAACCACAGAUUCACAUCAAAUUACAACCCGUAUUGAACUAACCACGAAAGUUCCCGGUAUCAAAUUUUGCAACACAGGAUCCAACACAGAAGGACGAUCGUGGGGUGGAAAAUCUGAAGGUGGUGCAACAUUAACAUACCGUUUACUAAAACGUAUGAAUUUAUUAAUAAAAUUAAUAAACGAACAUAAAGUAAUUACCGAUUUAACAAAAUUAAUGAAACGAAUUAAUGAGGAUGAAGAAAAAGAGGGUGAUUAUACAAAGAUUGACAAGAAAACAUUGUAUCGAUUGAUGUUAAAAGUACAAGAACAAGGGCACAUAAAAUUAUGGAAAGUAACAUUAUCAUCAGAAUUCAAAGAGAAAGUAAUGAUAUUUAUUUGUGCGCCAAGUAUACAAUCACCAGAUGAUCCGAUUAUCCAAUCAGAAAUUGAACGUGCUAAAAUGAAAGAGUUUAUUGGCAAAUAUAAAGAAGAUAAACCAACAAUAUCUGUUUAUUCCGAUAAUGAUUUUGUGUUUAGUAAAGAUCAAUUUGAGUACAUGAAAUCAAUAUAUAAACGGAAUGCUAGCAGAGAGCAUGGUUAUCAACCACGAUUUGAACGAACACGAUUGUUACAUCAAUUAUUGUAUUAUUUAAUUUAUGAACAAAAAGAUGAUGAUACCGUCUUUACAAAAGAUGAAGCGAUUGCAUACUGGCAAAGUGAAAAUCCGGCUCUAAUGGCUGAUCAAAUAUAUGAUGAACUACCUGAACACAUAUAUUCAAAACAAAUUGGUUGGAAAAUGUUCAUACCGCCUUUACCAAAUUUACGUGACUGGCCAAAAGGUUGGGCAAUGGUAUGUGAUGUAAUAUUUCGUUUACCAAUUAUAAUUUUUGUAAAAUUAGUGUGUACUCCAUUUGAGUUACCUGAAUUAGAAGAAAUAUUAAGGCAUCCAAUAAAAAAAUAUUUUUUAUUGAAUCAAGUUUCGUCACAUUUACGUAGCUGCCUUGUAUAUAAACGUCGUUUUAUAUUUGCUGUAUAUCAAAUAUUUUUACAAUUAUGUUUUAUUGGAUUAAUACAAUUUGGUCCUCAACGUUUCAAGGAAAAAGAUCAACAAUUGAUUUAUUUAAAUAAAAAAGCACAAAUGUGGGAUACAAGAUCAUCUGAACGUGGUUAUAAUGUUAUUUCUGAACAAGAAUAUCCAGUAAUUACUAUGGAAUUUAACAAUUUUGAAAUGGUUGAAAAAUAUUGGUAUGAACUUUGGAAUAUUUGUGUACAUACAUAUUUAGGAAUGCGCAUUAAUUUGUCACCUGGUAAUGAAGUAAUUAUUAUUGAGAAUGCUGAAAGUAAACCAAUUCUUCUGGAUGCUACAGAACCUCGUACAACACAUGAAGAAGCUGAACAAAAUGAUGUUGGAUAUAUUCCGGGUGAUAAACGAGGUGCUGGUGGCCUUGAUUCAUCAUUAUUCUCACAUGGUCGACGUAAUUGGAAUUGGCCUAGUGAAUCACAUUUUAAAAAAGUAAACACAAAAGUAACAACAAUAGCGAAUAUAACAAAACGUAAACGAUUAAACUAUAAAGAUCUAUCAUCGAAACGAACAACAAAUCGAAAGAAAGUUGUACAAAAAGUGAAAAAACUUACAAAUAUACAAACAACUGUUCAAACAACUACAAGCAUACAAAGUGGACGAAAACUUAAACGAAGAAUAAAAAUAACAAAUAUUAGCGUACAUAAACGUAUAAAUCGUAAACCAUUUUAUGACGAUAUCGAUAAAGAGGCAUUAACAUAUAUGGAUAAAUUACGUGUUGAUUGGUCUGCUGAAGAAGAUCGUGUUUUACUAUUAUGUAAAGUGGCAUUUUUAUUUUUAAGCCCAAAGAAUAAAAAACAUAUAAUAAUUUUUCAACAUGUACGUGAUUGUUUACAUAAGUUAUUAAAUUCAAAGAAUAAAACUUCACGUGCUUGUCAACGACGUAUUAAUUAUGUUAUGAAGAAUCCAAUCACACAAAAGAGUGUUGCUUUAUUUUUAGAAGAAUUAAAUCAAUGUUCUGACAUACGUAAUAUGUUUAAAAAUAUCACUAAAGAUAAAAUUAAUAUCGCUUUUGUUGUAUUACUUGGGAUUUUAAUAAAAAAGUUUGGUUGUGAAAAUGGUAUUACAAAUCAAAUAUCAUUACCAGAUUCAUUGGAGGAAUUUCAAACAAAAUAUGAUUACUAUUCACCAAAUUUAAUAAAAACAGACAUGUCUUAUUCACAUCCACAAGACAUUGUUGAAAUCGAAUCGAAUGUUUUACAAUCAACAGUUCAUUCUGCGAUGAGUUGUGCUGCGGAUAAAGCAAAUUGGAGCUUUCAAUUGUUUAAAGUAUACCAAGCGUAUCCGGAUGCGUUAGUACGUUCUGUUAUGAUGAAUAUGCGACGUUAUCAAUUUAUUUCAGUUAAAAAAUCCGUUACGUGUGUUAAACGACAUUUUUCUAAGUUACCAUUAUCAAAUGUACCAUUUCAAUUGUCACAAACGUAUCGUAACAAGUUAAUGACGAAACAUCCAUUUGAAAUAUUUACGCAUUCAUUUAAUAAAAUUUGUGAAUAUCAAGAUAAAUUGAUGAAUGCGGGUCCAAAAAUAGAGGUGAUAGCCAUGAAUGGAGGUGAUGCAGCAUGCAUUUUUGAAUUAACUAUCUGUCAUAAUAUUAACUUAAAAGUACAAAUACCAGAUCACGUUAUUAUACUUGACCCAAAAAUUAAAAUUCAAGAUGAUGAACGGUACGAGAAAAUUUGUAAACGUUUUCAUGAUAUAUUACAUGCUGUACCGUUACCAGUAUCGGACUCAAUGGAUGUUGAUGUGGAUAAUGAUGAUGAAGAACUAAUUGUCCCUGAUAAAAUUAUUGAAAAUACCAGUAGUGAUUUUCAUCCUAAUACUUCCAGCUCAUUAAAAGUCAAUCAAACAUCAAGAUUGGCUUUUCAUAUGACAAGGCAUGACGUCAUAGAUAGUAUUGAUGAUAAAACAGCCACUCAACAUAUUCAUGAUUUUUUCGUUGUGAAUUCUACAAAUGUUUUUAUGGAUAUCAAUGAAAAUAAUAAAAAUGAUAACUUACAUCCAAUUGAUCCAGAGAAAUGUAAACAGCUUCUUAGAAAUAUUCAAAGAUUUGCCGUCAUUCCAGAUGAGAAACCAGAUCUUUCAAUUGUUACUCAAGCUAUUUUUGAAAAUAAUGGAAAUGACGAAGAUAUUGAAUCUUGCAAUAAACUUGUUUCAUUCAUUUUUGAGCAAGGUUGUCUCGGCGCACCUGCUAAGAUAUUAGUGGAAAAAUUUUUAAAUCUAUUUAAUGGUGUAUUGACAUUUUAUAAGAUAUUAGAUAUACUUGUAGACUAUAGAUAUAUCUACAAAUUCGGUGUUGUGAAUAUUAAUUACAUUCACUAUAAUCACAUUCGGCAUUGGGUUAUCAAAUCAUUUAAACUAAAACGAUCCGAUAAAGAAAAAAUGAUAAAAAAUUCAUCAAACGAUUUCAUUGAUGAGCUAAAUAAUGAACCACAACAUCACUUACCUGCACCCAGUACUAGUGUAAUACCAGAGAAUAUUGAUAGUCAAAUAAUCGAAACAGAGAAUAUCAGUUUAAAGAAGUCUAAUCAAAAAGAUGAAAUAGAAAGUAACAACGAUAAAAAUACACCUGCUCAAAUAGAUAAAGCAAAAAGUAUCGGUGAUAAGAAAAGGCUUGGUCAAAUGAACGAUGCAGAUAAAGUCAAUGCAUUAAAUCAAAUAAACAAAACAGAGGAUAACAAUGAUAAGACAAUAAGAGACGAAGCAGAUAGUAUCAAUCAACAAAAGGAACUUGAAAAUAAAGAUAGCAUAGAGAAUGCUAGUAAUAAAAAGAGAUUUGAUCAGAUAGACAAAACAGAAAAUGCCAAUAAUAUGGAGAUAUCUAAUCAAGUAGAUGAAGAAGAGAAUGCCAGUGAUAAAAAGAGAUCUGAAAGGAUAAAAAUCACAUCAAGUAAACCAAAAAAAACGAAUGUUAAUCAAUACGAAGAAAUUACUGUUAACAUAGCGCCCUGGAUAAGAAUUGAUGGAUCUAUAAAUCGGAGAAUACUAGACCGAUGGCUUGGAACUGUAUUAUGCUACUGUAUUGACACUCCUGGAGUGUUAGUUCGGCGAGUGUGCGCAAGAUUUCCAUUUAUCAAUCCAUUUCAAAUACGAAUUUUACUGGAGUACUUGGAAAAAUUAGAGUGCAUACAAUUAUUUAAAGUAAUUAAGAGCAAGGUUACUUUGUUCGACGAUGAAUUAAGUUCAGAAAUAGUUUCAGCUACUGGAUUAGAAAAUUUUGAUGAAGUUUAUGUAGAAGCAUUACCAACAUGUGUCACAAAACUUGGAAUAUUUAUUGGUAAAAAACAAUAUAAAACUGACUUUUUAUCAGAGGAACUUUCAUAAUAAAAUAA